AUGUCUGAGACUGAGAGCAAGGCCACCACCAAGUCCGCCAAGGCCACCAAGGCCGACGCCGGCGAGACCAAGAAGAGGAAGGCCAAGACUGUUGCCCCCACCGCGGCCUACCGUAGCAUCAAGAGUACUGUGCCCAAGCUUGCUUUGAGGAAGCCCAACCGUUUCGAGUUCGGCGCUGAGGAGAAGAGCGUUGUCACCUCGAAGAGGAAGAGGGCCGCCUCCAAGGAGCGUGCGCCCGCCAAGAAGAGGAGGUCCGUGAGCAAGUCGCCGUCGAGGAGCAAGAAGUCGACCAAGAAGGGCGGCAAGAAGAAGAAGGAUCCCAACGCCCCCAAGAAGGCCCUCAGCGCCUACAUGUUCUUCGCCCAGGCCAACCGCGACAAGGUCAAGAAGGAGAACCCCGACGCCACCUUCGGCGAGCUGGGCAAGCUCCUCGGCAAGCAGUGGAGCAAGGCCAGCAAGUCGGACAAGGCUAAGUACGAGGCCAAGGCCAACAAGGACAAGGAGAGGUACGAGAAGGAGAAGGCCAAGUACGACAAGAAGCGUGAAUCCUCAAGCGAAGAGGAGGAAGAGUCCUCCGAUUAA